UUUCAAAAAUCCAACAUUGAAACCCGAACAAUCGACUACAAACGGCUCAUAAGCAUCAUGAUGGAGACUUGCAAUCAUUUCAACUGCAUAUAUCUGAUUAUAGAUGCCGUGGACGAGUUCAUGCCUCCGAGUGGUACGCAUGGAAAUUGGGAUCAGCGAACAGCAUUAUUGAGAACACUCCUGGAGUUGGAAGAGGCAGGCAGAGGAAAAAUCAAGAUUUUCCUCACCAGCCGGCCCACGCGCGAGAUUCAGGAUGAAUUAACAGGCGUACCAAGUGUCACAAUCACGAAAGAGGCAAAUUCUAAGGAUAUCGAACUCUAUAUCCGUAAGAGGCUUGAGGCCACCAGAAAAAAGAGUCGUGCCGAAUGGGGCAACAAGUUGAGAGCAGGUGAAGAGCAAAAUCCAACAAUGUCUGAAUUCAUCACUUCUCAGAUAACCGAGAAAGCAGAUGGCAUGUUUCUUUUUGCUACUUUGCAGUUGGAAGUCCUGCUCAACUCCGACUACAAGGUAGACAUAUCAGUCACACUUGAACGUUUACCGAAGAACCUGGAAAAGACCUGGGAACGUAUU